CGAGAAUCCACUUUUUCAUGACAGAACAGCCGUGUUCAGGUUCGUGACAAAGGCGGAGCUUGUUGUAGACGUGUUGUGGUUUGAGAUUGUGACUCUUUCAGGUGCUCAUGUGGUAAAGUACUUCAGCAGAAACUUCUGGUUCACAUGUGAGGUCGGAGACUCUGAAAGUUUCAGUACAGUUAGAGUCUUCACGAUGGCUGGACAUAUGUUUAUUUGUAUCCUCACAUGUUCUUUCAUACAGAUCCAAGUAACACAAGCAAAAGCUCUUCUUCAGGCUAAACUGACAGAGAAUCAAUCACUGAUCAAACCAACAGAUUCAGUCUCUCUCAGCUGUCGGGCUCCGUCUGCUGUUUCUGUGCAUCAGUGUUAUUUCUAUGUGAACAGAAAAAAUCCAAGGCCCUGUUCCUGUGUGAAGACCUUUACAGGAACUGAGCUGCUGUUAAUGUCACAGAAAACUUCCCCUGCUGUGAUUGAAGUCAAAUGUUUCUACACGGUGCUUAAUGGAGCUGUAAAUGCUCCGUCUCCACACAGUGAUCCGUCCUACAUCACCAUCAGCCAAAAACCACAAAUAAGUGUUGAUGCUGAUACAUAUUUCAUCUUCAUCUGCUCCCUGCCUGGAUUUGUGGACCCUCAUACAUCAUGUAAUCUGUACUUUGGAGAAGCAAAACUUCCAGCCCAAACAAAACCCAUCAGGGGUAAAAAGAACAAACCCCAUCGGUGGUUCUGCCAGUUUUUUAUCCAUGAAGAAGAUGUCUUGAGUCAUCUACAAUUAGCUCAACAGAAGGAUGCCAGCUGUGAUUACAGUGACGGGAAAUCUUUCUCUCCUCGUAGUGAUCCAUACAACUUGACUGAUGUUCAGACACCAGACAAGCAUCAGUCUGAAGCAAAGACAACCUCUUCUGGAAAGACCAUGGGAAAUGUGACACCGGGACAUGAUAACACAGUUACUGUCCACUCCACUGUUGCUUUGAUCUCUACUCAGACUAAAACAAGGACUUCAUACAGAAAUCCAGGUCAGACUGUUGCAGCUGUAACCACAGCACAACUAACAUUUGGAAGACUGAGAUGGGCAUUGCUGGUGGGCGUGUCUGGUGCUGGACUGACUGUAGGCAUUAUAGUAUUUGUGCUGGCUUGUGUCAGCGCCAAACGAUCAUCUGACAAAAAUGUUCAAAGCAGAAAUCAAACCAACUUCACAGCUGAACUGACGUGCACGACAUCUGCAUGUGAGACUGGAGUUCACAGCAUGAUCGAGUGCGUACCUGCGACUGACUCUACAGGUUCUGAUAAUCUUCACCAGAUAGAGCUGCAAAAUGAUGAAGCUGACGUGUACCACAUGUACUGCAUCAUCUCUGAGCUGCCACCUCCAUCGACUAACAUGGCUUACAGCUUCCUGCAGACUCACUGAGACACUGAUUGUUUCACAGAGAAGAAAACAGGCAGCAGAAAGAUGAAUGCAUUUGCAUUUGUGUUAAUAAAUAAAAAUACUAUUAUGAGUUAUAAAAAGCUGUAAAUGUUUGUAGCAUUUGUUCAUGUCUCAGAUUGAUUUAAUGAUGAUUCUGUUUGUGUCAGACUGUAUCUUACCCUACCAUAUUUAUUUAUAGAGCACAUUUAAAACCAGCAUGUCAGCUGACCAAAGUGCACAAAAGAGGGCGACGUACUAGCAGACACAAAACAGUAAAUCUAAAAUGCUAAAAAGAGCCCUCACAACCAAAGAAUAUAAAACAAACUCCAUCCAUCCAUCUAUCCAUUUUCAUCCGCUUAUCCGGAGUCGGGUUGCGGGGGCAGUAGCCAUAAGUCGAGAGGCCCAGACUUCCCUCUCCCUCACCACUUAAACCAGCUCCUCCAGGGAAAUCCCAAGACAUUACCUGGCCAGGUGAGAGACAUAGUCCCUCCAACAUUUCCUGGGUUUACCUUUAGGCCUCCUCCCGGUUGGACGUGCCUGGAAAACCUUAUCAGGGAGGCAUCCUGACCAGAUGCCUGAGCCACCUCAACUGGCUCGAAUCUACUCGGAGUCCCUCCCGG